GUUUGCUAUCCGUCUGUGUUACAGCCAAAGGAUUAUCUUGGCAAAUUAAUUAGAUAAAUAACUUAUCAGAUUUUGAGAAUUUAUUUUCGUAGGAAAUUGUCGUGAUUUUCUUACUUCUCCCUUCUCUUACUUAUUAGCUUUCUUUUCCCCUUUCUUUUUCCAUCGUCUGGACAGAGACAAGUCGUCGCUACUUUCCUUCUUCGCCCUCACAUUCGCUUCAUCUCACCUUUACUUUGAUCGGGUUGGAUACCUGAUCGUACGUUCCUUCAAUAGAAACCACGUUCCUUAAAUAAACAUCACUUACACUCUUUUGGCUUUGAAAGCUACUUACUAUCGCGUGAGUCCGACUUGAUUACUACCGCUGUUGACUUCAGAAAUCAUUGCGACGAACAAAAGUCGCGAUGUUGUUCAAAUCAGCCAAAACAAUGGGUCUAGCCUUCCUAGGAUCGCUCUUCUCGCCCGCAAGCACCACCUUCGUCAUUCAAUGCUACAGUCGUCUCGUCGAUGAGCGGGUUGAUCCAGUAGUCAGUUCUGGAAUUCUCCCUGCAUCUCAUGUGCAUGCGAUUGCCGGUGGGAGUGGCUUCAGCGCCAAUAUGACAUAUGCUGAUGCUCGUGCUGCGAAAUGUGGGACUUGCAAUGUGAAGGAGGAUUUGUCGAAUUACUGGACCCCGAAGCUUUACUACAAGGCUCAGAAUGGUAGUUUCAUUUCUGUGCCUAUUAAUGGAGAUGAUGGGUAUGGAAAUCUUGGAGGGAUGGCUAUUUAUUAUCUUCAACGUCCAGGUCCAGAUAAUGAUCCACUUGUUCCAUUCCCUGAGAAUUUUCGUAUGCUAGCAGGGGAUACCAAUCGACGAAGCUACAAUGACUCCUCGUUCGCAGACCGUGCUGUUAGUUUUCGAUGCACAGGAACUGAUCUUCAGACAAAUGGAUUCCCAAGCAUUAACUGCCCAGAUGGUCUUCGACUUCAGGUCACAAUGCCCAGUUGUUGGGAUGGGGUUAAUGUAACUUCAACCGAUUACAAAUCUCAUAUGUCGUAUCCUGCAGAUGGUGAUUUUGACGGUGGUCGCUGCCCAGCUUCGCAUCCCCAUCAUAUGAUGACCCUAUUCUUUGAAGUUACAUACCGUACUGAUCUUUUCGCCAAUGAGUGGUACGGCAAUUCUCAACCUUUUGUUCUUGCUAAUGGUGAUACCACUGGAUACGGAUUUCAUGGUGAUUUUGUCAAUGGCUGGGAUAUCCCGACACUCACAAAGGGAAUUGAUAACUGCCUUGACGGUGAACCCAACUGUCCAAGCGAGACCUUUACCUUUUACGAACAAUCUGACACCCAAGAAUGCAAACUUGCUCCUCUGAUUAACGAACCCGUAAGCGGUACGCUCUCUGCACUUCCCGGUUGCAACGCACCUUCUUCAGGCCCAGCGGAAUACAUACCACCUGCUUGUCCUCAAGAUGUAGCUUUAGCAAAGUCGCUCCAGGCUCCCCCUUCCCGUUUUAACCCUGCGGCAUCCAAAGCCCCCUCGCUCCCAGUCGGCAUCGUCGAUUUGAGUACCUCCAAAGGCUGGACCUAUCUCGGAUGUGGAACCGAUGACGCUGGAAACCGAACGUUGAACGCUGAUUGGGAAGGAAACAGUUCCAUGACUAUCGAAAGCUGUGUGGAUUUCUGUACAUCCAAGGGCCAUACAUAUGCAGGAAUGGAAUUUGGAAGUCAAUGUUACUGCGACAAUGCUCUAUCUGGAGACCGGGCACCUGUGGCUGGUAUGCUAGGUGACUGUAUCAUGCCAUGCGCAGGAAACAGUGCCGAGAAAUGCGGUGGUAGUGCUGCAAUCACACUCUAUCAGAAGUGUGGUGCAAAUGGAUGCGCUGCCUCGAGUGUAGCAAAAACUGUUUCUACUCGAUCGCAGAGCAAGAUGAGAAGCAGGGUUAUGAAGGGUCUGGGUAUCUAGAGGAGAUGUGAAUUCAUAACGAUGUUGACGUCGAAUAUGUUUUCAGUUCGAUAGAGAUGUGACGCAUGGAGGAAAUAAGGCAGACUUACACUUCUCGUAAAUAGAUUACACCUUUCCAGAGCCCGUACGCACUUGCGAUGACUUUUGAAAUGGUAAAUACGUACGAAUUAUGAGAAAAUGACAUACAUUUCCCGUACAUUCCCCGAAUGUAAAUUCUUGAUCUUGUAUGAUUACAACAAUCGCGACCAGAUACAUAAAUCAAACAAUUCAAUAUCAUCGACUCUUGGCAGCUGUUCCUCUUAAGGGAAAAGUCACGAAAUGAAAUUUCCAUGAGCAAUACCGGGAGUUGCAAUGUGAACGGAGAAUAAGUGUGAGAUAUAUCA